AUGGCCGUGGGACUGGGGGAGCAGGGGCUCGAGGCUGUAGGCGCGGACCGGAGCUUCGGGGCAAUGCAGGUGAGGAAGGGGAGGGCAGGGACUCGGGGUGGUCGCUCGGCGCUGGCGGGGGUUGGGCGGGCGGCCGUCCGCUGCCGGCUAGGGGAGGGUGAUCGUGCCCAGGCGGGCGGACAAAAACUUCUCCCUGGUAUGAACACGCUGGCCGAGUUCGGGCUGAACCAGUUCCAAGGGCUGGACUUCAUCGACAUCUCCCUGGUGGACGGCUUCAACGUGCCCAUGGACUUCCUGCCCGCCGGCGGCGGCUCCGGGUGCCCCAAGGGCAGGCCGCGGUGCCCCGCCGCACUGCAGGCCCCCGGCGGCUGCGACAACCCGUGCACCGUGUUCAAGACCGACGAGUACUGCUGCACCGGCUCGGCGGCCAACAGCUGCGGGCCGACGGACUACUCCAGGUUCUUCAAGGGGCUGUGCCCGGACGCCUACAGCUACCCCAAGGACGACGACACCAGCACCUACACUUGCCCCGGCGGCACCAAUUACAACGUCGUCUUCUGCCCAUGAUUCCAUGCAUGAGCUCGGUCCAGCUGAACGUACGUAGUUGACCCACGAGACGUGAAAAAAAUAUAAACUAGCACAAAUGAAUAAGUUUAUAUAUGAAUAACUUGGAGUUGCAAGAACAAUUGAUACACCAUGCAUGCUCCACGUAGCAUGACAUAUGGGAUGUACACGCGAGUACGUCGGGCAUUUCUAUAUGUAUCCUUUCCAUUGUUCUUGGAUUGAAGGUUGACAACUGAAUUUUGUGCAACUAGGCGUAUGGCCCGCGCAUUUGUGCGGCUAGUAUUAAAAAUUCAAAAAUUUGCAUAUCGUUAUAUCCUUACUAUUUUUUAAAGAUUAUACUAUUUGUUACCAUA